UUAUGAACAGAAGCAAUAUAAAAAUGGCCUCAAGUUUUGCAAGAUGAUUCUUUCGAAUCCAAAAUUUGCUGAACAUGGAGAGACUUUGGCUAUGAAAGGCUUAACAUUGAACUGUUUAGGAAAAAAAGAAGAAGCAUAUGAAUUUGUUCGUAAAGGACUUCGUAAUGAUGUCAAGAGUCAUGUCUGUUGGCAUGUAUAUGGACUCUUGCAGCGUUCUGAUAAGAAAUAUGAUGAAGCUAUUAAGUGUUACCGAAAUGCCCUGAAAUUAGAUAAAGAUAAUCUGCAAAUUUUGAGGGAUCUCUCUCUAUUGCAGAUCCAAAUGAGAGACCUUGAAGGUUACCGAGAGACAAGGUAUCAGCUUCUUCAGUUGCGCCCAACACAGCGUGCUUCCUGGAUUGGGUAUGCUAUUGCAUACCAUUUGCUGAAAGAUUACGACAUGGCACUAAAACUAUUGGAAGAAUUUAGACAAACUCAGCAAGUUCCUCUCAACAAAAUUGACUAUGAAUAUAGUGAACUGAUAUUAUACCAGAAUCAAGUGAUGCGAGAAGCAGAUCUAUUUCAGGAAUCUUUAGAACAUAUAGAAACAUAUGAGAAACAAAUAUGUGAUAAACUUUCAGUGGAAGAAAUUAAAGGGGAAAUGCUGUUGAAAUUGGGAAGAUUAAAAGAAGCCAGUGAAGUAUUCAAAAAUCUGAUUGAUCGGAAUGCGGAAAAUUGGUGUUAUUAUGAAGGCUUGGAAAAAGCUCUGCAACUUAGUUCCUUAGGACCUUUUCUCCCCCAUGGCACUUUAGAGGAGAGGCUUCAGAUUUAUGAAGAAAUUAGUAAGCAGCACCCCAGAGCAAUUUCACCUAGAAGAUUGCCUUUGAAUCUUGUCCCAGGUGAAAAAUUUAGAGAGCUAAUGGAUAAGUUCCUGAGAGUUAACUUCAGUAAAGGCUGCCCACCGUUGUUUACUACUUUGAAAUCUUUAUAUUACAAUACAGAAAAGAUUUCUGUGAUCCAGGAACUUGUUACUAAUUAUGAAGCCUCUCUUAAAACAUGUGACUUUUUUAGCCUUUAUGAAAAUGGGGAGAAGGAGCCCCCAACAACACUACUCUGGGUUCAGUAUUUCCUGGCACAGCACUUUGAUAAACUUGGGCAAUAUGCUUUGGCUCUGGAUUAUAUUAAUGCUGCAAUUGCUAGUACUCCAACUCUAAUAGAAUUAUUCUAUAUGAAAGCAAAAAUUUACAAGCAUAUAGGUAAUCUCAAAGAAGCUGCAAAGUGGAUGGAUGAAGCACAGUCUUUAGAUACGGCUGAUAGAUUCAUAAAUUCCAAAUGUGCAAAAUAUAUGCUUCGAGCAAAUAUGAUAAGAGAAGCAGAGGAAAUGUGCUCCAAGUUCACAAGGGAAGGAACAUCUGCCAUGGAAAAUCUAAAUGAAAUGCAGUGUAUGUGGUUUCAAACAGAGUGCAUUUUAGCUUAUCAGCGUUUGGGGAGAUAUGGGGAUGCCUUGAAAAAAUGCCAUGAAGUAGAAAGGCAUUUUCUUGAGAUAACCGAUGAUCAAUUUGACUUCCAUACAUACUGCAUGAGAAAGAUGACUCUUCGUGCCUAUGUUGAUCUUCUGAGAUUAGAAGAUAUGCUCAGAAGACAUGCCUUCUAUUUCAAGGCUGCUAGAUCAGCAAUUGAAAUAUACUUGAAAUUGUAUGAUAACCCCUUAACCAAUGAAAACAAACAACAAGAAAUAAAUUCAGAAAACCUGUCAGCUAAAGAAUUGAAGAAAAUGCUUAGCAAGCAGAGAAGAGCUCAGAAAAAGGCUAAAUUAGAAGAAGAGAGAAAGCAUGCGGAAAGGGAACGUCAACAAAAAAAUCAAAAGAAAAAAAGGGAUGAUGAAGAAGAAGAAGCCAGUGGUCUCAAAGAAGAACUUAUACCUGAAAAAUUAGAAAGGGUAGAAAGUCCAUUGGAAGAAGCUAUCAAGUUCCUCACACCACUUAAGAACCUUGCUGCUGAUAACAUUGACACUCAUCUAUUAGCAUUUGAAAUAUAUUUUAGAAAAGGGAAGUUUCUGUUAAUGUUGCAGUCUGUCAAACGAGCUUUUGCCAUAGACAGUAAUAACCCAUGGUUACAUGAAUGUCUAAUUAAAUUUUCUAACUCUGUGUCUAACCAUAGUAAUCUUCCAGACAUUGUGAGCAAAGUUCUAUUUCAAGAAAUGCAGAAGCUAUUUUUCAACAAGGAUUUGAAAAGUUUUAAUGAGGAUUUUCUCAAACAUAAUGCUACCUCUCUUCAGCAUUUACUUUCAGGUGCUAAAAUGAUGUAUUUUCUGGACAAGUCAAGGCAAGAGAAAGCAAUCGCCAUUGCCACUAGACUGGAUGAAACUAUAAAAGAUAAAAAUGUAAAAAUUUUAAUAAAGGUUUCUGAGGCACUGCUUGAUGGAAGCUUUGGGAACUGUAAUUCCCAAUAUGAAGAAUACAGGAUGGCCUGUCACAGCCUGCUCCCUUUCACGUCUGCUUUCCUGCCUGCUGUGAAUGAGGUCAGCAGUCAAAGUGCGGCACUAAACCAUAUGGCCAACUAUGAUGUCUUGGCAAAUGAAAUUUGAAAUCCCAUAGAAAAUGGGCUCCUAUAGAUUCAAAGCUGACUUCAGAUCAGGGUUCUUUUCAGGGUGUAUUUUAAUAUAAAUAUGAAGUGAAAUAAUUGGAUAGUUUUUUUCAAUGGAGUAUUCUGUAAGCUUAUUCUAUUUUUUAUCUGACUCUGCCAGUAUACAUAAGCAUCUGUUAAAAUGACCUGUUUAUACUUGUACAGUUUUCUUAAACUUUAGAAUUAUCAGCAUUAUGAUGGUGCUGUCACUUCUUUAUCAUAAAUAUGAUAAUUACAUUUUAAACUAAGGUGUAUACGGUCUCACUCUUAUUUUUUUUAGAUCCUGGUUUUAGACUCUAUGGUUUGAUCCCUUAUUGAUUUGUCUUAUUGUUUUUUUGCUUACUUUUUAAUGAAAACACAUCAGUUUUAAAGUGGUAACUAUAUGUAUGUUAAAAACAAUAUGGAACUUCUUUUGUCAGAUAUUGAGGUUUAGUUUAAAAUUUACUUCAGUUUGCCCUUUUUUUUCUCUUAAUUUUUUCCUGAUUUAUUAUUUUUUAAUAUACAUGAAAAUGAAAAUUUCUUUUGAUUCAGAAUGUGGGGAUUGGUUUGCCUCUUAAUCACUGAAAUUCACUGAUAAAUUUAUUGUGUAUCUCUAGGUCAGUCUUAAAAGUCCCACAAGCAAGAAUUAUGCUUUCUUGGCUAAAUUGCUUUGUGUAUUAAUAAAUAGUUUAUAUCUGAGUGGCAUAUGCCUCAAGGAAGCAUAAUAGAGCAGAAUAUAAAUUAUAAUGAAGCAUCUUUACUCUUGUAGUCAUACAUAGACUACUAAAUAUGUUUUUAUAUCAGCAGAAUGGGAAUUUAAUCUAUUAGUUUAAUUAUUAAAACAGUAUUGUCAGGCAAUUUUUGUGGAGGAUAGCUAUUUCCUUCUUGUAUAGAAAACGGUAGUGGAAUCAUUCAAUAUGUUUCUUGCAGAACUGUGUAAAUAUGUCUGUAAUAUGGAUACUUCCCUUUAAGGCAAAUAUAAAUUCAAAAGGGAGAUUUUAUUUAGAGAAAUAGUUCUAAUUAAUAUGAUUUUCUUUCACUCUAAGCUAUUUUAGAUUCAUAAUUAUUGAGAGAAAAACACUUACUGUAAAACAAUGUCAACCUAUAUAAAGCUGUAAUAAAUUAUUUUGUACAGAGCUGCU